AUGCAGUCCGCCGCCAAUAUGGUCCCUGCCGCCUCAGCUCCCAGCAAACAGGCCGACGAUGCGUCCUCACCGUCAUCGUCUUCGCCAUUGAAGACCGUCAGUGAAGAUAAGCAGCAGCAAGCGCAGAAGCAGACGACGAAACCGGAGAAGAAGACGAAUGGCUCCGUGCGAUACCCCUUUUGGUUCGGAGGCAGCGCCAGUAGUAUGGCCGCCUGUGUAACCCAUCCUUUGGAUCUUGUGAAGGUCCGCCUCCAAGUCCGCCGCCCCGACGCGCCAAAGAACAUGGUCGGCACCUUCGCCCACAUCGUCCGCAACGACGGCGUGACGGGCCUCUACAACGGCCUCUCCGCCUCCCUCCUGCGCCAAAUGACCUACUCCACCGUCCGCUUCGGCGUCUACGAAGAGCUCAAAGUCCGCAUGACCCGCGAGAACGGCGGCAAACCCCCGUCCUUCCCCGUCCUCGUCGCGAUGGCCUCCGCCUCGGGCUUCGUCGGAGGCAUCUCCGGCAACGCCGCCGACGUCCUCAACGUCCGCAUGCAGCAGGACGCCGCCCUGCCCGCCGCCGAGCGCCGCAACUACAAGCACGCCCUCGAGGGCAUGCUGCGCAUGGCCCGCGAGGAGGGCCUCAUGAGCUGGUUCAGGGGCGUCCUGCCCAACAGCAUGCGCGCCGCCGCCAUGACGGCCAGCCAGCUCGCCUCCUACGACAGCAUCAAGUACAUGUUCAUCCGCCACACGCCCCUGGGCGACAGCACCGCCACGCACUUCGCCUCGUCCUUCCUCGCCGGCGUCGUCGCCGCGACCGUCACGAGCCCGAUCGACGUCAUCAAGACCCGCGUCAUGUCGGCCAGCACGCAGGAGGGCCUCGCCCACACGCUGGCCAAGAUUUACAAGGCCGAGGGCCUCGGGUGGAUGUUCAAGGGCUGGGUGCCCAGCUUCUUGAGACUCGGACCCCAAACUAUCUGUACAUUCAUGUUCCUGGAACUGCACCGCAAGACUUACAGGGCCGUGACCGACGUCGGCAGCGACGACAAGGCCAUCUGA